AAAUGUAACCUUUCUGGUGUAACUUGAUGUAACAUGUAACCAGUACCUGACAGUACCAUUAGUCUCUUACGUUUGCCGCCAGAGCGCUGAUAUCGCAACUAAAGUUGUGUUCAUAUGACGAAUGAUGUAAAAUUUCGUGUAAGAUUUUGAUAAAACGAUAAGUUGAAAGAACAACUCAAUAAUGGCGUUAUACAAUUUCAAGAAAAUCGCGGUUGUACCUACCGCAAAGGACUUUAUUGAUAUAAUUUUAUCAAAAACUCAACGCAAAACUCCAACCGUUAUACACAAAAAUUAUAAAAUUGCGAGGAUACGUGCAUUUUAUUUGCGUAAAGUGAGGUUUACGCAACAAAACUUUCAUGACAGAUUAUCUCAAAUUAUACAGGAAUUUCCUAAGCUAAAUGAUGUUCAUCCAUUUUAUGCUGAUUUAAUGAACGUCCUUUAUGACAAAGAUCAUUACAAAUUAGCUCUUGGUCAAAUAAAUAUAGCGAGACAUUUAAUCGAUAAUGUAGCCAAGGAUUAUGUCCGUUUGAUGAAAUAUGGAGACUCUCUAUACCGUUGUAAACAAUUGAAAAAAGCUGCUUUAGGACGUAUGGCAACAAUUAUGAAGAGGCAAGCAGCAAAUCUGGCAUAUUUAGAGCAAGUUCGUCAGCAUUUAGCCCGAUUACCUAGUAUAGAUCCUUAUACGCGCACUAUAAUAAUAUGUGGCUUCCCAAAUGUUGGUAAAAGCAGUUUCAUUAACAAGAUAACUCGCGCUGAUGUUGAAGUUCAACCAUAUGCAUUUACAACAAAGUCAUUAUACGUUGGUCAUACGGAUUACAAAUAUUUAAGAUGGCAAGUGGUUGAUACACCUGGAAUUCUAGAUCAUCCACUUGAAGAAAGAAACGUAAUAGAAAUGCAGGCAAUAACUGCACUCGCGCAUUUACGAGCAGCUGUACUUUACUUUUGCGAUAUAUCGGAACAAUGUGGUCAUAGUUUAGACGAGCAGGUGAAACUAUUUGAAUCGAUUAAACCUCUGUUUGCUAACAAACCUUUGACAGUUGUGGCAAAUAAAUCGGAUAUUUUGCGUCUGGAUGAACUUUCGCCCGAAAAACAAGCUCUUUUAAAGUCGUUAGAGGAUAAAGAUGUCCCAGUGUUGGAAAUGAGUACAAUUACUGAUUUUGGUGUAAUGGACGUGAAAAUACAAGCGUGUGAACGUUUGUUAGCUUUCCGUGUUGAUCAGAAGAUAAGAACGAAAAAGGUAGAGGGACUGCUUAAUCGUUUACACGUUGCACAACCUGUGCCGAGAGACGAUAAAAUUCGCGCUCCUUGUAUUCCUGAGAGCGUUUUAAGAAAGAGGAAGGAAGGAUUAAAGAUAAAACGAAAAUUAGAGCGAGAAAUAGAGGAAGAAAUGGGAGACGAUUAUGUACUUGAUUUGAAGAAGAAUUAUGACAUCGAGGGCGAUCAAAAAUAUGAUGUUAUUCCAGAAAUUUGGGAAGGACACAAUAUCGCUGAUUACAUCGAUCCAGAAAUAUUUAAUAAAUUAAAUGACCUGGAAAAAGAGGAGCAGCUUCGCGAAGAGGCGGGAAUGUACGAUUAUAAAGUGGCUGAGUUGUCCGAAACGAUGCAAGAAAUUGUACAAAUGGCUAAGCAAAUUCGAGAUAAGAAGGCUAUUAUGAAAGACGAAGCCCGAAUACUGAAGGCUUCUACAAAGCCUGUAAUGCCGCGCACAGCAGCGGCGAAACUUCGAGACAGAUCGGUAUCGAAAUUGAAAGAACAAAUGGAAGACUUGGGUAUCGAUAUGGAAGACACAGAAAAUGCGCACUUUACCAAGACUAGAGGACGUGCAAGGUCUCUAUCGCAACCAGCUAGGAAACGUAUGCGACUGCAAUCCGAGUCUCAAUCAAGAGCUCGAAGUAGUUCAAAACCUGCUCGCGACGAAAUGGGUGUAAAGGAUUCGACGAUGAAGACUAAAUUAAAGAACAUUGCGCAUAAAGCUUUGAAGAAAAAGAUCGCGAAGAAGGGAUUGAAAGGAGAAGCAGAUCGAUUCAUCGGCACGAAAAUGCCAAAACAUUUGUUUUCGGGAAAACGAGGUGUUGGAAAAACAGACAGGAGAUAGUGGUAUUUCGAAAUUGUUAUUUUCGAAAAUCUUUUCCAAAUUUUCAUUGAAUCGAUGAUUCAUUUCCCAUGUAUUGCGUGAAUAAAUCGACGUUGCUUCGUAAUUACGAUAGUAUCCGUAAAAGGUUAGUUAAACUCGCUGAAAGAUAAUGUGCAACAAUGUGAAUGAAUUGUCUUAGAUUGCAUAAUUUAGUGCCAGUAAACCGACCUUUGGCUUCGUACGUAGGGUAAGAAACAUCGCAUUCAGCGAAAGUUUAUUACUGUCGUAUGUUGAUAACCUUUUACAUGCUGCGGUAUUGAAAAGUUUGCCUUAUUCGUAGAUUCGUAUUUCUUCCUGUGUAACCUAUAUCGAAUGUGUCAUGUUGUGCAAUGCUUACUGUCGCUUCAUAUCAUUGUUGCGUUAGAAAAUCAAGUAACUCUUUAUGCCGGUUGUUGGAUAAAACAUUUUGUUCAAUCAAGAUCAGUUAUGGAUUAUUUGGUUAUAAAUAAGGAAUAAAAUUUUAUUUUACAUCAUCGAUAGUAGUCGAUUAGACAAAUACAUGUAACGCGAGGUUACGAUUAUGGUGCGUGAUCGAAAUUGACUCAGCGAACGAUACAUGUUUGCAUCACGACAUGAGAACGCAUUUAAACUUUUGAUCGAGGUGCAGCGGAAGCAUUAUAAUUUCGGUUAUGCGUUUGUACAUUUACAACGAAGGCGAAACAGGGGAGUCUUCUGGGUGAUAGUCCAUAAAUGUUAUACAUAUAUAUAGUUGCAGGAGCAUUCGCGAGAUUUCCGCCGUGCACAAACUUCGGUUAUGCUACCAAGUUUCGAUCAAAUCCUCUGUACAACGUUAACAUAAUUUCAUUGGUAAAAAAAUGCACAAUCUUUCAAAGAUUCGUUCGAUAAUAUUUUAAUAUGUAAAAAGAUGUAACAGUUUCCAUCGUUCGAUAUUUGAUCGAACAAUAAAUUAUAAGCAAUUAAA